AUGAAAUACCGGUAAGGUCCAACACGUAAUAAAUUGUGAAAUUAUUAUCGACUUGUUAUAAUAUUAUAAUACUAAUUAUAUUUCAAAAUAUUAUACAACCGUGGAAGUUUUUUGCUUGCAGGAUUAACUCAAACCUUUUCGAGUGCUAACUAGUGAAUGCAUGUACAGUCAUUUUUAAACAGGGGCAGUUGCUAAAAUUGCAACUAUACCUCUGGCAGGUCUAAAAAUAUAUAUAAAUUUCCGUUCGAAAAUUCCAUUUGAAAUUCCAUCUAUACUGUAUAUAAAACCAGUCUAUCAGUUCUUUCGAACGAGAUGCCCCAAAUCGCGAUAUUUAUCCAUACCCCUUUAACUGGCCUCAACGUGCUAUAGAUACAUCAACAAGCACGUGGUUAAUGCUCAGCAACUGGUUCUGUCUGUAGCUACUCCGUAGGUUGAAGUACUUACUUUUCCAUCUCUAUACGUGCAUGCAUAUACUGCAAUACGGUCGUCAUUGGUCAGACAUAACGUAUUUGGUAAAAUGUCAUCACCAGAGAUCCGAGAAGAAUUAAAGACAACGCUUUUAUUUUGAUCAUUCAAGGUACUGUGUUUGUUCAAUGUAAACCAUAUAAGACUGAUUGCAUCUGGUAUAGAUUGCUUGCGAAGUUGCGAACAUCUUAAGACUUCUAGUGGUUUACAAUGGUAUAAUGUAUUUUCAUCGUUGGUAUUUCAUACCCAACACGUCCGUAUAUGAGAGCUAUACAUAUUAUUUGUUAUACCCUAGGUUUCACCUGCAAAUAAUUCUCUAAAACCGGGUUUAUCUAGCUGAGAAUUUCAUAAAAAGGAAGGACUGGGUACGAGUCAGAUCAUGAUGUAUUGAUAUUUUGCGUGUUAAUGCUGCCUCGUACCCAGGCGCUGUGUCCUUUGCGUGGGCCGCGUGGAUUAAUUUGAUGGAUUUUGAUGACGUAAACAAACCAAAGCGCCUGGGUACGAGGCAGGUGUUAAUGCUUUCUCGUUCCCAGUUGGGCUUCUCGACUGACGUCAGGUCACGCAGUCAGCCAAAAAGCCCUGGGAACGAGGAUGGUAUAUUCAAGACAUUUCAUCAGGCGUUUAUAACCGGACAGGAGAGUGGUCAUUAGUUUCUUAUUAAAUAUAUAUAUUAAAUAUAUUGAAUCGUUCUUGGUGGGAUGCGUAUUGUGUGCGUAGGUGAUUUGCACACCCACAUUCCACGCACAAACACGAAUUAUCUAAUUGCGGUAUUUGUAAGACUUUCAUAAGAUUAACGGGGGACUGUUUUACAACUAUAAUUCUGAAAUAACACAUAUAUUUAACGUUUCUACUAUCGGAAGAAUGAUGCAAACUAAAACAUGCGAAUAUAAAAGUUCAUUUUCCGAUUUUCGGAAAAAAUCAUGUAUAUAGUAUAUACUCAUGAGUACUCAGAAGUAUCAGUAAUUUUUGGUCAACUGUUUUCUUUGCACACAUCAAAACCAGGAAAUAUGACAAGUCUACUUUUGAAUUUUGAAAGAUAUCUGUAUUCCAAGUUCUUAGUUUCAAAAGUCCUUUAUAAAACAAAGAAAUUACUGGCUUCAGCGUAAGUCAAUUCUUUAUCAAUUAUAUUUCCUGCAUAAAUGAAUAUAUUACGGACGAGAUAUUGAAGCGGAACGAAUAACAAUAUCUUGACAAUAUCUCAAGAGACAUUUAUAGUCGCAUCAUCUCACGGUAAAAAUGAAGUAAAAAGCCAAACGUGACUAAGUGUGAUCUAAUAUGGUUUCUUUAACAAUAGGAUUGUUAAUAUUAUGUGUCUAUGGACCAUUGCUGAAGCCUAUUGAUGCUGCUCCUGUGCAAGAAGAAGGUAUGUGUAGACGGAAAUUAACAUUAUAAAGACGUAACAUUUGUUGUGACUUUUGACUCUGUUUAUAUCUACAGUCUGGUAUUUUGACUUGAUCACACUGUUACUAUCUACCUGUUCAUUCCCAAAGCAGAGUGAUCAUGUUCAAGAGUCACAAGUAAAACGAAAACUAUAAGUGAUCUCUGAAACACCUGAUGUAUAGUAAUAUAACGACGUUUGAUUUUAUGCUAAUCUUUGUGAGUUUUGUCUAUACAUGAGAAUAUAAGUCUCUAUGAUUAGUUCGUUCGGUAUUUCCAUUUAUAGUUCAUCAUCAAUAUAAGGUCUUAAGGACUAUAAAACUAGCGGUAUAUAUCGUUGAAAAACAGUGUAUAUAAUGUUUCAAGUAUGUAUAAGCGGUACGAUCAUUAUUUAUUAACUGAGUUUUUGCCUUCGCCCCCAUAUUGCGGUAAUCAUUAUCAUGGUCAUGGAUCUCGUUGUCCUGUAAAAUUGACUGACGAGUUGUUUUAUUAUUUUCCCUUAUUCUUGCUUUCCUUUCGCUGCAAUGUUUGGUUAUCGAACUUUGUAGUCAGAAAUUGGUAAUGAAUCUGAAGAGUAAAGUUCACGGCUUAAUGAUCAGUUUAAGCUUGAAGCAAAUAUAAUAUUUAGAUAAAAUGCCGUCUCCGUUUUGUCACACAUCAUUAGCAAGUCAUGCUUGUUCCUCGAAUUGUGGAAUAUAUAUUAUGAUAUAUUAUGAGUAUAUUUUUUAGUAUAUCUCUAGAAAAUGGGGGAUUAGCCUACAUGCAUGCCAUGGUUGCCUUGCAUGGACUAGUUUAGCCAGUCAUGGCAUGAUUGCCUUGGACUAGUUUAGAUGUUAUAUAUUAUAUAUCAUAUAUAGCCAACGGAUAGCAUGGUUUAAGGUCGGGAUUGCUCAAAAAUUCAGAUUUUGCAUGAUUUUGAGGUUUAUACUGCAUACCAGUUUUGACAACAAGGAUUAGGGAAUAUGAAUAUUAUAUACGUACAAUACUGUAUGAAUCUAUUAACACCUUUUGCAUUCAAAACAAAGCGCGCUGUUCAGAAAAAAUUAAAAUUUGCAGGCGGAAUAUUCAUGUAAAGUAAACCAAUUUUUGACGAUGGCUGAAACGUGAACUGAAUACGAAGUCUAUAAGCGAUUAUUCAUGACUUAAGACUUACUUCGCGAUCGAUUACGAUAACGAUUUCGUAAACGACGAAACCAAAUCAAGCAGAUGUAUACUGGAUAGAUUUCUUUCCUUCAUCGCGGCAUUUUGCCUGUCUUAUUAUUAAUGUAUAUCGUCAGCUGUGUUUAUUUUCAUGACUUUCAAAUUAAUGUAAGUUGAGUGUGUAGAACGAGGUCAUGAAAAGGAAUAUUUAAUUAUGUUCUUUUUAAUAUAUGCCACGACAUUCGUGUAUUCACUCCAAGAUCAGCUUUAUAUUAUAAGUAUAACCAUUCCGAGUUUAAUUUACCCCCUCAACACAGCUGCAUGUGGAUAGUGAAAGAUACAGCUGUAGAACCUAUCUGAAAAAUACACGCUGAACUUCGACGUUUCGUUUCUUCGUUCGUUUAGAAUUAUAAAGUCUCUUUAACUGAAUUUUCCUCAGUCGUGGCUAUACAUGAUUGGUUACCAAAACGGACAUUUUCAGCAAACUCGUUAUGCAUUUUGUGACGUAGAAACCUUGACAUCAAAAUAAUCUGAAAUAUCGUGAAAACGAAGCAACGGAACGAAAAACUGCAAAAGAAGUUUCUCUCUAUAGUUUCCAUAGUUCUUUUAAAUAAGACAAUAAGAAUUUUCGUUUUAUGUGCGAUUUAACAAAGAUUCUUUGCCUUAAUUGAAAGAAGCAUGCAUGGUAAAAAAACUAUAUUAAGCCAAACAAUUCCUGGUUGCUAAGAAUCUCCAACGCCUUCAAAAAAUGUCAUGCAAUAUUAGCUACUUGGCCUAUACUUGCUUUACUUUGCAGUGAGUGAUUUAUACUGUACAUUCUUGUUGGUAAUUAGGACAUGUAAGGGGGGGAAUUCCACUGUAAUAAUAUAUACCCCAUGAAGUUCCCAUAUAUGAAAAUUUGUGAGUGUAUUCACACCCCUAUAUACCAUAGUUUUUUAAUUAAAUUUCAUCCCAAAUAAAACUUUCUCAGUAUUCAGUGGCGGAAAAUAUUUUACUGUUGACGAACAUUAUUAGCCAAUAAUGUUGAUAUUGAAAACAAGUUAGGGAUAAUGAACAUUAAGAGCCGGUGAUAUUUUUAAAAAAUUGUAUAAGAUGUCUAUUAUUUUAUUGAUAACAAAAAAAUUCAAUAAACUCUUCUUGUCACAACAUCUUAUAUCAACAAUACAUAUACUACCUUGUAAAUCGUUUAAACUUUGUCGAAAACACUACAUUGACGAGAAGGAAAAACAGAAUCUAUUUCCUGAAAACGAAGCUAAGAUUGCAUUUAUAAAUAGGGAACCCUAUACAAGGAACUGACACCUUUAUAAUUUUUCUAGAUGAGAACAAUGGAAGAAGUUUCAAACGUGAAUUAGAACUAUUUCAGAACGAGGUACAGGACGAAUGGGAACUGGAUGAUAAUGAAUAUCUUUCAAGAAGAGAACUACAAGAAGCUUAUGAUCGAGAAGAGAAUAGGGCGAAGAAUAAUGACAAUGAUAUUCCUAAGAACAAUGACAAUGAUAAUCCUAAGAACAAUGACAUUCCUAAGAAUAAUGACAAUGAUACUCCUAAUGAGGAAGACAAACGAUGGUUAGACGUUGAUACACCUGGAAAUGGUAUAUACUGUACAAUUGUGAUUACUCUUGGCCUGAGUACAAACCUGCCUUAAUAACUCUUCUUAAAUCACCUUAACUCGCAUUGUAUCGCCUUACUGUAAAUCGCAUUCCUUAAAAGUUGGGUCUUUUCUUAUACAGCUAAUUCAAAAAAGGUUGUCCUUUGCAAACCUUAAACUCUAGAACUUAAACUCUAAGCGUGCAUCAUUAAUUUAAUCAGUUUAAAAAUCAUACAUGGGGCGCAUUUCUUCGAGACAUGGUAAAUAUCUCCUUAUGAGAACAAUUCAUUCACAAAAGAUGCAAUAUUCGACUAUUAAGCUUGAAACUCGUGCUCCCAUUAAGCUUUGCGCGCUUAGAAUUUAAGAUUUAAGGUUUGCAAAGGACAAGCUUUUUUGAAUUAGCUAUAUAAUCGUCUCAAAUCGCCUAAACGUCCAUGGUGACCGCAGUCUUUGUGCAGUCUCAUGACAUCGUUGCAAUGCUUAACGCAGACUAGUUAAGAUUUAAGAGCAGGCCGCUAUAUGCAGCGAGUUUUUGGCUAUCAUAUCUUACAUGUUGUAUUAAGCAAGCAAGGAUUUAUUAUAGUGAUUUACGUGUUUUCCUGCAAAACCACAAAUUAUCUUGCAUCGGGUCAAAUGAUUUUCUAAUCGUCCUGUAUACACAGUCUAUAGUCAUCUAUGUCUUCACUUCACUUCACGAUGUCUUAACUCUAAAUUUAUUGAUUGACUGCUGCUUGUCUAGGUGCAUCAGAAGAACAAAAAUCUCCCGCUUAUGACGAUGAAUUACCUAAAAACGGAGGUAAGAUGAUGUAUUUUUGAAUUGACUUUACAUUAAUUGGCAUUAUGACUGCAUGGCCAACCGCCACUUGUCACCAGCACGUUUCCGUAAAAAGAAUACGAAAGCUUUUACCGUGAACUUUGCAGACUGAAAAUCUUGUUUCGUUUAUUCUUUGCAGACUGAAAAUCUUGUUUCGUUUUUCAAAUGUUCGAUUAACCGUUAAUCAUGCUAGUUGUACAUUGCCUGGAUUAUGAUAACGAAAGAACUGUGUCAAAAGCUGUGCUACCCUGCCCAUUUAUUGGGAUGAAUUACUGCAAUCCUAGUGAAAAUAUCCAUACUACAACUUUGAUGUAUUUUUUCCCCUAUUUUUCUCAGAAUUAUUCCAGGCGGACAUUGUAAUGGACGAUUAUGUUCGUGAUGUGUUCAAUGGGGAAGCUGGAAAACGUGAUGCUGUUAGCUUGGCAAGUUAUCAUUGGCCAGUUAGGACAAUACAUUACGAAUUUGAUCCAGAUAUAGGUAAUAUGCGUAAAAGAUUGACUUUGAACAUUCACUGGUAUUCCCUCUAUAUAGGAUAAAAGCUUUGAGUUUGAAUGACUGCUUAAUUAAUAAAUAGUAAAAAAAUCCCACUCGAAAUUUCCAACUACAAAUUAGUAAAUACUAAAAAAAAUUGUAUAGGUAAUCGCAUGGGGCCAAGUAAAAUUAAGGUUUACUUUCACGUGUGUUUUCAAACUUUCACAAUUUGUGAAACUUUGAAAACACAAGUGAAAUUAAACCUUAAUUUUAUGAGGAACUGUGCGAUUACUUGUUAUAAUCAUAAAGGGCAAAAUGUAUUCGUAAGUUAAUUGUGAACUUGUCAAGUUCUUGAACCUUGUAUGUCUCCAUGUCUUCGCCGAUGUCCCUUAAUUAAUGCUGCCCAUUCUUAAAUACUCCAACCAAUAAAUUUGUACUUUUUCUAUAGUGUUCAAGUUUUUACUACUAUACAGGGUGUAUCAAAAUAAACGCAAUUCAUCUUUUGUGCUUAAUAACUUUCGAAAUACUAUUUCUAGUUAAACGCUUUUAGGCUUACUUCAAAGCCUGCUCUUUUCUCUUUCAAACAAACUAUUAUCCUUGUCUCCAAUGCUAGUAAUAAUUGCACAGGAAAAGAUUUAGUAAACCUAUCAUUUUUAGUUGCUGUUUAAUUAUGCAAGUUUACUAUGUUAUUGUUUAGUCGGUUUAAAUGUUACAAUUUUCUUCUUUAAACUUUAAUGUUGUCGUCACUACAUCUGGAAAACCACGUAAGAACAAAUUAAAAGUAUUUUAAAAGAGACCAGGUUGUUUGAAAAUCCUAAACGAAUGCUAAAAAAUCGUCAAAACAUUCUGGUGUCUGAGCCAGAGUUUCAUCGAAUUGCGAUGUAAUGUAAACAGAAAUUAUAGCAAGUUGAUGUCAGUCAACUUAGAUGGUCCAAGCCAAAAUUAUAUCGCAUUUGAAGUUUCAAACUGAGUUAAAAAUAGUGGAAGAAAAGCCGUACUUAUACUUAUUGUUACAAUCCAUUUAAUAAAAUGCAACAUUUUUUUGUUUUAAUGAAUAUUCAUAUAUUUUCAUGAGAACGAUUUGUUAUUCCAUCUCAAUUUUUUUAAUCUCCAAUCGCAAUAACGUAAAGUAUUAUUACCCGCGAACCAAUGAGUCAAAUUUAAGAAACAGCCCACUGCUAGAAAGCUGAAUGGCUACGCCUUAAAAUGAAUGUAAACUUUAACGUUUUCGUCUAUUAUUUGUUUAGCAAUUUGCAUUUCAGUCGAGGAUUGCGCUUUUUUUUAUACACCCUGUAGAAGUUUUUAAUUCCGCGACGACAAAGCGAGAAGCCAUUGUUUUUAUUGCUAUAUUUAAAACAAGAAACUAUAUAUCGAGUGAGAUAUCGAAAAUCCUGAUAUUUAUCCAUACACCUUACAUUGGCAUCACCUUAGUAUGUACAGUAUUGAUGAACUUGUUGUUGGAGCUCGACAACUGUCUCUCUGUGGCCCGUUUAUUAGGGCGCUGCACCGGAAUCGCAGGGCUGGAGGUUCGAUUCCUGCCAUGCAGAGGGCCUACAGUUACAUUUUUUGCAACUGCUCCUGGUUUAAUAAAUGUAUAAAAAUUUCACUCGAAAUUUCCAUCUACUAAGGGACCGGUCAUUAUUUAUGGUGGGGGGUGGCACCGAAGAGAAAAGGGUUGGGUAAACUAAAUUUUGAGUAACUAAAAGGUUGGGUAAAUGAAAAACAAAACAACUCAAGGGUUGGGUAAUAAAAAGUUAUUGUCAUUUCCAAAGCACGACUCACUUAAAUAUUGGAGACUGAAAAGCAAUGUCAACAGUCAUCACGGUCAAUACAAUAUGUGAAUCAAUCAGAGUCACUAUCUUGAUCAUUUUCCGAUUUGUUGGGAGACAAAUGGUGUCUCCAAAGAAAGUACAUGUACAUACAACCGGAAAGUUUAGUUAUCAAACUUGUGUCACAGAAGUGGUAAAGGACAUGUGUGACAACAUGGUACUGAAUGGUAUUCUUUUGUAAAGGUUUUGGCCAGGGGUGGGUAUUUAUUUUUUAAUUGAUAUUUGAGGUUGGGUAAUCAAAUUUUUUGCUUUUUAAUGGUUGGGUCAGCAAAAUUUUUACCAGGAAAAACAUUUCUCUUCGGUGCCACCCCCCACGAUAAAUAAUGACCGGUCCCUUAGCAAGCAGGACACAAAUGGAACAACAACGGCUGUUAAUAAAUUGCCUCCUGAGUAUCACUAGCUCGAGGGCCUGAUACUCAGGCUAAAAUUAAUACAAUGAAAUUCACUUGUAUAGAAAAGAAAUGGCUAAUUAAAAUCCCACGGAAAUUUUACACGUAGCCGUUUACUGAAGCCGGGAUCAAACGAGGAUGAGAGUACAUGAGAGUGGCAGUCACACAACCUUCGUUAGCUGUUCUUACAGUCAAUUUCAGCUGACUUUUCAUCGUAAGAUUCCGAACUUCGUUCCGAACUUCGCAAAUUCGUUGCCAAGUUCAAAAGUUCAUAAUGAAAUUCACAAACAGGUUUGUAAACUGGGCAUUUGAUUGGCUGGUUUGAUUUAAUAGCCAAUCAGAGGCUUUGUUUACAAACCUGCUUGUGAAUUUCAUUAUGAACUUUUGAACUUGGCAACGAAUUUGCGAAGUUCGGAACGAAGUUCGGAAUCUUACGAUGAAAAGUCAGCUGAAAUUGACUGUAAUGCUCUCCCAAUACUACUAUCAUGUAUUCUGUUUAAGUUAAAGUAUAGUUGGAAUACUUACCGAACCUUUAAAUUAUUUUGUUAAUCUAGAGCUUGAAAUAUUCCCGUAACAAUGCGUGCAUCACUCUCAUCAACUCUCAUAGGUUUCAUAUUUCAAGUUGGGGAACUUCUUCUUCAAAGUGGGUUCUAGAAUUCUCCGCCGUCCUCACGUCUUCACCUCGAUACUUAAACUGUAUUUCAUGAGACUUUAGGCAUGCAGGACGGCAACGACGGCCAAAACCGAAACUUGUCGCCAAAAAUGCAUGAUGUCAAGUGGAAACCAAGAAUAAGACAAUCGAAGGAAUUAUCUAUGAAUUCCUCUCGAUCGUCUAUGAAUUAACACAGUACAUGGAGGGUAAGAAAAGGAGAAGAGUUUAUUUCUACUUUGCCGACUCAGCAUGAAGUGCAGGUGCUAUUACAAGACGUAAAAAGCUGUGGUUUCUCGUCGUAAACAAAGCGAGGACGACAUCUAAAGCUCCCGUCGAUUUUUAAUAAAUUAUUCAUUUCAUUUCGACAUGCAAUAUUAUGAAUUUCAUUGUAUUUAUAAUAGCCGUUGUCCGUCACGUGCAAUCCCAGAUUCCUGCUUGGCUAAGGUCUCUGAUGCAGAUAAUCAGCGAAUUAAUAAUAUACAUAGUGCAAGAAAUGAGCCCCUGUCGUAGAAGCGAGAGACGCGUGCAUUAACUACUAUUCCAGCAACACUAUACCAAUAACACUACUAUACCAACGUGUACUUCGUUACCGCGUUAUGUUAUGCUCCAUCGAAGCGCCAGUGCGGCGCUCCGCUCUUCCAAGAGGCGCUUGUUGUGUCAGAUUGAUUUUUACCAUAGUUUGUAGUCUAAUUUUAUAGAAUAUACAUCUUCAAUCUUUGUUCUUUUCACGACAGGUAUGGUUUCAGAAUCGCCGUGCAAAACAAAGACGUGAAGAACAGCAAUGCAUCGCGGUCUCAACAGCUCAAGGAAAACCCAUCACGAAAUCACCAACCGAUGUCAACCAUAGAUUACAUACCGUUGAAUACCUACCAUGGUCGUGUCAAAGUACCAUGUACCAUCACAGACCUACUGUACAGUAUACAUCAUCACUGGAUAACAUUGUACCAAGAUGGACAAAUUUCUACCCCUAUCCGUCAUCGCUGUACCAGGCAUAUUAUAAACCCGCAACAUCAAGCUCGCUUAUGACACCUGCGUCGAGCUUCGCGAAUUACAGGUGGCCUCUCGACCUGAUUGAACAACAUAGAGCCAUGAUAAAGCAAAUGUGA